UGGGCCUUUUUCUACGGCGCAGUAAACAAGCCCUUCAUAUAAAACUGGUUUGCAAGGUACGUUUUAUUUAGUGCAUUUACAAAAGCCUGUAAGCUGGUCAAAGGAAAAAGACGACUCACAAUGUGGCCGCAUCUGGUGGCUGUUAUCAUCAUCCUGGUGUCAGUAUGGUUGUGGCAGAGGAUAGACAGUUACCGUGUGUUCAAGAAGAUGGGAAUCAACGGUCCUCCGCCAAACCUCAUAUUUGGAAAUUUCAGACAGAUAAUGUCUCAACCAGUUUGGAUGGCAUACAGAAAGUGGGAACAGCUCUAUGGAAAAACGUUUGGGGUCUUCUUUCUCAAUUCUCCCAGUAUAGUGACCUCGGAUGUCGAUUUUCUGCAAGAAGUCUUUGUCAAACAGUUCAGUAAAUUUCACCAAAGAGCAAUUCCUAAUUCAAUAGACACGGAGGAUGAAGAAACACACAUGGUUUUUGCGAAAGGAAAACGAUGGAAGCGAUUACGUUUAAUAUCCAACCCGACCUUCUCCUCUCUUAAAAUGAAACAAAUGGCGCCACUGAUCCAGGAGUCGGUGAACAGUUUCAUAGAGUCGAUGGAGAAGCGUUGCCAGGAAGAAAAACCGUUCGAUAUCCACAGUGAUUUCCAAGGCCUCACCCUGGAAGUCAUCGGCUCGUGUGGCUUUGGUCUCGAGAUUAACUCAGUGCGAGAUAACAUGUCACCAUUUCUGGCAGCAUGUCGUAAAGCGUUCAGUGCGUCACUGAUGAUGAUGACGCCAAUGUUAAUUUCCGAACUUUUUCCAUCAUUGACCGGUCUAGCCAAGGUGUUGAACAAAUAUCUGACGAGAAAGAGGGUGCAUGACAUUGACGUUCUGGUCAGCGCUGCCGUACAGUCCAGAUUAAAUGAUCCAAAGUCUCGACGGGUGGAUCUCCUGCAGCUAAUGUUGGACGCCAAAACUGACAAUCUGGACUCGACUGUACCCCAGGCGAUGACGGACAGUGACGUAGUAUCAACACAACAGGGAGGGGAAACGGGUCAGCAGAACGACUCUUCGUCAUCUCCAAGAAAAUUUACACAAAAGGCCAAACUCACAGAAAAGGAGGUCCAAACACAGUGUUCGACGUUUUUGUUGGCAGGGUAUGAAACCACCAGCACCGCCCUGGCCUACGCUGCCUACCACCUAGCAACGAGUCCAGAGGCACAGAAAGCUCUUCAGGAGGAGGUAGACCAAUACUGCACUGAAGAGGGUCCUCCAUCGUAUGAGACCAUAAGUAAGAUGCAGUAUUUGGACAUGUUCCUCAAGGAAUCGCUACGACUACACCCUAUCGCUCCAUUUGGGCCAGGGAGAACAGCCCAAGAAUCCAGCACAGUGAUGGGUGUUCACAUUCCCAAAGGCAUGAAAGUCCGCUGUGACGUUUACAGUAUCCACAUGGAUCCCGAGCACUGGGGACCCCCAGACCCCAGCCUCUUCUGUCCUGAACGGUUCACGACAGAGAGGAUUGCUAAGCGUCACCCUAUGGCCUGGCUCCCAUUUGGGGCAGGCCCCAGAAACUGCAUUGGUAUGAGGUUCGCCCUGAUGGAGGCCAAGAUGACCUUGGCGUGUCUCGUGAAGAAGUUCAGCGUUGAGACCUGUGCUGAGACGCAGAUUCCGUUGGUUCACGUGGCCAGUAGCACAGUGCAGCCGGAGAAAGGUGUCACUGUGCGUCUUACAAGGCGGCAUGUGGUGGCCAAUAAUAGUGAAGAAUAGACAUUAACUGAACGUAUUCACAAAGCUCCAUAGCACGUGUCAUAAUUGUCAAUGUUUCAUGACUACUCUGUCAGCAAGACUUAGCUUACAUACUUUUUCAAUUUAAUCAAUAUACUUUUUACAGAGAUAUUAUUUCACAAUGCGUUUUAAAACAAUGUGCAGCGUAACUCCAGCUAUUCAAUAUGAGAUGUCUGUAAACAUACCAAUGCACAGUGAUGAAUAUAACAAAUAUGUUUUCAUUGUUCAUAUAAAAGUUUAUUUGUUUUAUUUUAUGUAUUAAUUGUUUAGAGAAAAUUAUUGUAUGUUUUGUAUUGUAUAUAGAUAAUUGUUGUACAUGUAUUUUAUAGAGAGAAUAAUCUGGUUCUAACCGUCUCAGACAUUUAUAUACUGUCAUGGACAUCAAGGGGUUUGAAAGAUAUAUCGCAACUCGGUACAAGCGGUCAUCACACGACCUGUUAGUGAAGAAGGACUGCCUGUUCUACGACCUUUUUAGAGGAUCUUAAAUGUAUCUGUGGUACCGGUGAAAUCCAAACAUGUUUGUGCCUUUAUUGUAUGACAAUCUGUAUACGUAAGGAUUACCCUGCGUUAGAUUUUAGAGAGGCGGACCUAUACGCACGAUGUGUAUCAUUGUAAAUAUGCUGUAAACUGUUUAUUUUCCUGAUGCUAACAUUGUGUUACCGUUUUAUUAGUAUGUGUUAAGACCAUAACGACUUCAUCAACUUGGGUGUAAUCAUGAAUUUGUUUUUUUGUUAUGCUGGUUAUAUAUUAACCUUCAAUAUCAAUAAUCUUAUUUAACUAAUAUUGUUGGUUGAUUCUGAGAUUUUGGGGAUUUGAGUCACCUUUGAAUUUACGUAAUUACCAAUCAAAUAUUGAGAACGAUAGCGUCUUGCCUAUAUGAAAAGGUGACGGGAAAAUCUGUAUAAACAGUACAUUGUGAACUGAGGUCAAUCAUCACACCAUCACCAAAUAAGGAAAUAUUAAUAGAUUGAGGAUUUGCCUAGAAUGGGACAUUGGCGAAAAUAAAAAGAAUCUGUAUAAUACGUCAUACCAAUGAAAUGUGACAUGAGGGGGAAAAAGGUCGAGUUUAAUGAUUGUAAGGUUACGAAUAUACGAAUAAACCUUUUGCAUACCAAAAAAAAAAACAACAAAAAACGAAA